AUGUCAGAAAAAGAAUUGGAUAUUAAUGCAAUAGCAGAAGAUGUUGAAGAUAUUUCAUUAGAAGAAGAAAAAGCAACUCCAGAAGAGGAAGUGAAGCUUGUUAAUGAGCAGAUGGAAGAAGAAGAAGUGAACCCUGAAACGAAGAAUGAUGCAGAAGAAGACUCAGCCCCACCUCUUCCAGCAAGGAAGCCAACUCCGGAAUUAGCAUCAGAAGUCCAAGAUAUUAACCCAUUAUUUAGACAGUUGAAAGAUGCCUUCCCAAGUAUUGAAGAUGUUUAUAUUAAUACAGUAUUGAUUGCCUCCCAGGGCGACAUGGACAAGUCAUUCAACGCCAUGUUAUACUUAUCUGAUCCAAAGGAUAGUGGCAUUACAGUUCCUAGUACUCCUCUUUCUAAGAGUUCUACACGCAAGGAUAAUAGAAGUGCAAUGAGCCAGUAUGAACAAGAUGAAUUAUUAGCACGUCAAUUGAGUGAGAAAUUCAACUCCUCUAAAACCGGAAGGAAGUAUGAACGUGAUGAGCAACAAAGGAGUGACCAAAGAAGAAGAGAACGUCAAAGAAGACAAAACAGUCAAUUAACCGCUGCUGAACGUCGUGAGUAUUACGAUGAGGGAGACGAUAGUUGGUCGCAGUUUCUUGAGAAGGACCUGCCAGAAAUCAAAGACAUGGCCAACAAGCAAAUCCAAGAGACAGCCCAAAAGUUGAACAAUUGGUUUGGCGGCGUCAAGAAGAAUUUAUCGAAUAUGUCCGAUGAAUAUGGUAACCCAGAUAGCUAUUACGAUGAAGAUGUAAGAAGAACGGCCGGCGGUAAUGCUCAAAGACCACAAUCAAAAGAAAGAUUCAAUUCAUUUGGUGCCAGAGUUGGCGACGAUUCAUUAGAGCGUCAUGGUAUCUCAUUACGCACAGACGAUGGCUAUGAAGAUAUCCCGCCACAGUUGCCAACUAGAACCAGAACAAAGGAUUCUUUUGAGAAUAAAGGGAGUGUGACACCAGAACCUAAGAAGAACGUCGUUGCACAAACCACAUACAUCGAUACCCCAGAGAACAAGAAAUACCAAGCCAUAACCCCGGAACCAAUACCAGGCAAGAUUCAAAUGAAUGUCAACCCAGAUGAUGAUGAUUUUCUAAUCAACAGUGACGAUGAGAUAUAA